AUGGAGAUCGACGAUUCAAGACCGUCCACUGUGGACCCAGAAGUCCGGGCGUAUGUUUACAGUCUUGUCACGGCGCUCGGAGGAUCGAGUGCUGAACUCGACGGGCGUUAUGUACUAGGCGAUGACGCGCUUGCUGUUCUUAAAGACUUGCGAAGAUGGCUCAAACAUGUGGACGAGAAGCUCAACCGUUUCGAUGUUGCCCGUUCAAUGGCGGAGGCCAAUUUGCUCCGUGGAGACCUGCUCCAGAUAUUAGCAUCAUUCCCGGAAAAUAUCCCAGAAGGCGGUUUGAAAUUCAAGGUCGCUCUGGCUUGUCUCGACUUAAUGGUCACUUUAACAUGGCCAUUGGACAUCGACGAUGCACAGAUGACGGUUGGCCAUCAUCGGCACACCCCGUAUCUUCAAUUAGCUCAGGCUGGCUAUAAGAGAGCCAUCCUCGGUCACGAUACUACUCAGAUUCUCCGUACCAUUGUGCAGAUUACUAUUCCUUCAAUGGCUCAGCCUCGCAAUGAGAGAAAUACCCGAGAUGAAGAUAUCAUCCGUCUUGCUCUCUACUUCUUCCGUAACGUCGUGCAGAUUGCGCAUCCCGCGGAUCUGCCAAUGGACGGCGAAGAAGCGGAGAUAUCACGGUCUGCCACUAUCGACACGUUCGCCGACCAGGAUAUCUUUCCAUUCCUUCUGACAAUCGCAUCGAGCAUGGGAUCCGAGUUCGUACAGCAAGACGUGAUCACCUUAGAAAUUCUGUUCCAUCUUUUACGCGGUAUCAAUCCAGCCAAGCUCUUCAUGGAAGAGCAGCAGUUGGCCAAGUCGAACACGAAAGACUUUCGAGACUUGUUGCAGAAGGAGAAGUCAAUGCUCUCAGAAUAUGCGCGGCAUGCACCAACGAGGCAUAAUCGAUUCGGAGCAAUGGUUUGGGUGAAGCGGGCCGACAACCGCAUGUCUACCGUCUCUGGACAAGAUGUUCUUGGAAACUCUCAGCGGACUCUGAACAAAAUGGACAAAUCCAAGAAGUGGAACAAACCAAAACAGCGGAGCCGUAAAACUGGCGAUGACGGGGCUGAGUUCGACGUCGAAACGCCACUGAGUCCAUCGGCUCGAAACCAUUUACGAAGUUUUAUUGAAGACUUCUUGGACUCAUCCUUCAACCCACUCUUUGUGCAAUUGCGCAAAGCCAUCGAGAGGGAAGCUGACCGAGUGUUAAAAUCUCAUACUUCGCAGUUCUUUUACCUCAUCUCAUGGUUUCUGAAGGCCGAAUGCGCUCGACGGGAGAAGAAAUCGGCGAAAAGCAAGGGAAAGACGGUUGCAGAGGAAGACGAAGGAUUCUCUCUCGUCGCGAGCGUGCUGAACCAGGAGACGUUUAUCUUAUUGAACCGAUUCAUGCAGUCCGGGGUUGACAAUAAGAUGAACAUAGACGUCAAUGCAGGGAUGAAGUGCUUCACGCAAAUCUUGCUCACCAUUCAACAAAUGGCCGAGAGCUCCAACGAGGACGACCAGGACAUUGCGGACAACAUCCAGAACCGAAUUUUCUACGAAGAGUCUACGCACGAUCGGAUUAUCAGACUGGUGCGAAGUUAUAAGGAUCAAGGUUUUGGGUACUUGGACGCCUGUACUGAGCUCGCGCACGUAUUUAUUCGGAUGCUCGAGCAUUAUUCGAAACAAAAUGCCGACCUCCAAAUUCGUUCGAAACGUCGUGCUCGCCGUAAGAAGAAGGAGAAGAGGAAAGAAAAACAGGCCAAUAGCGGCGAAGAUGGGAAUCAAGAGGAAGAUCCACAGGAAGACUCGGAAGAAGAAGAGGAACAGGACGCACUGCAGACAACCAAAGAAAGGAAAUUCGACUUCAUGCGGUUCUCUGCCCGAUUCGUCAACGAAAAUUGCAUCAAUACCUUCAUUGCAUUCACUAAGUUUUACCAUGAACUUGACGCACAGCAGCUGAAACGGGCGCACCGAUUCUUCUACCGAGCAGCAUUCAAGUUAGAACAGAGUGUUCUUCUCUUCAGGGCAGACAUCAUUCGGCUUUUCCACCGCAUGAUCGAAGGGCCAAAUGGCCUGGAUCGCCAGCAUGCUUCAUUUAAGGAGUGGAAAGAGCUGGUUAAGAACGUGCUCCGGAAAUUGAUUAAAAAGGUCGAGGAGCGACCCGAACUCAUUGUCGAGAUUCUAUUCAGCAAGAUGUCCCCCACGCUGUAUUAUCUUCAACACGGCUAUGACAGAGAGGUGCCCAAGAGUGUGCCAAGGGUGGCGCCUGAGUUGGAACUCACACCAGGAUUGAGUAAAGAGGUGCAGAUCCAAGUUGCAGUGAAAGCAGUCCUGUUACAGGACAAAUCGGGCAACGCUUUCUGGGUCCAGUCGACUCUUGAAGAGAUCCUUGAAAAGCGUAAGAAGCAAGAAGCGGAUGCCACUCGGCAAGGAGUUGAUGCAAUUGCUUGGGCAUCUGAAAAUCCAGAUGCCCCGGUUCCAAGCCGCGAAGAACCGAAAAUUGCUCCAAUCCCUCUCGAAUCAAACGAUCCGGACAGGCGAAAGGCCAUGGUUAAAGAUAGCAAGUUGCGAUUGUUGCUGAGCGUACUGGGGUUGCACUGGGCAGAUGGUAGUGACGGGACAAAGCUUGGUUGGGUAUUCCCCUCUGAAAUGGGUUGGCGCGAGAUUGAAGAGAACUUUCAUUUCGUUUCGGAAGCUCUAGGGCUAGAAGAAGGCGGAAUGGACGAGACCCUAGAUUAUUCCGAUUACAUCCGUCGCAAAAUCGUGCCUCGUCAACGAGCCGAGUUUGACGAUGAUUCCGGCGAGGAUGACUUCAUUGCCAACGACGACAUUGAAGAGCUCCUGUUCCCUGUGGGAGGCCCAACCGCCCGCAAACCGGACGCAUUGGAGAAGCCCAAAUCGAAGCGGAAGCUGAAGAACCGGGGGGAACUAGAUGACGAAGAGAAAGAGAGACGGGCCCGAGCGAAACGAAAGGCGGAAAGCGAAAAGCAAAAGAAGAUCAAGAGCGCGCUGUUUGUACACAGCUCUGACGAGGAUUCAGGGGACGAUGCGGAGUUCUUCGCCCAGGAGGAGAAGAGACGGGAAAACACAAACCAGAAUAUUCGCCAAGCUUUGCUCAACCUGACGACAGGGUCAAAGAAGAGGAAGUCCGCUGUCGAAGGCGGAGAGAAGGACAAGAGGAAGGCCAAGAAGCGGAAGAGUAUAGCUGGAAGCGAUUCCGAGCUCUCCGAUGCGAGUCCCUUGCGGACCUCGAGAUCGACCUCUCCACGACCAACGGACCAGAUCCUCAUUUCGAGCGAUCAUUCCAGCGACGAAUCGGACGAUGAAACUCCAAUAUCUUCACAGCAUCAUGUUGAGCGAAAUACCGGCGACGUGGAGAUGAGCGAUGUUGAUGAAGAACCGGCAGCAGUCAAGCAAACAGAGACCUCUGCACUGAAUGGCAACAAUGCUCAAAGUGAUAGUGAGGAUGACGUGCCAGUCAAACGCGCACCAGCUCCUCGCAUGCGGGCGGGCUUUGUGAUCGAUGACUCGGAUGAGGAGUAA